AUGCCUGAGAAGGUAACCUGGAUGAGGAGGAUGAGGAUUCUGCGGCGGCUACUGAGAAGAUACCGUGAGUCUAAGAAGAUUGACCGCCACAUGUAUCACAGCCUGUACCUGAAGGUGAAGGGGAAUGUGUUCAAAAACAAGCGGAUUCUCAUGGAACACAUCCACAAGCUAAAGGCAGACAAGGCCCGCAAGAAGCUCCUGGCUGACCAGGCUGAGGCCCGCAGAUCUAAGACCAAGGAAGCACGCAAGCGCCGUGAAGAGCGCCUCCAGGCCAAGGAGGAGAUCAUCAAGACUCUGUCCAAAGAGGAAGAGACCAAGAAGUAAAACUCCCCCCUCUUGUCUGUACAUAGUGGCCUGGGUCAUAACAUGUGAAUCAUUUGAAUAAAAUGAGCUUUGUCUG